AUGGUGAAGACGGAACCAAGCUCUCCUCGAGUGCUCUCGGACAGCAUAAGUGGUGUUCAACUCAAAAAGCUGCCUAAUUUGAGUGAAAUACCGAAGGGCUCUUUGGAAGAUCCUCUGAAGAAAAUCCUCGAGAAAGCUAUAGCUAUUCAACUGAGAUCAAUCAAUGAGAAUGUCACGGUUUCCCAGUUUGCUUUCGAAAACCUAGUUUUACUUGUCGAAGAGACACUUUCCGGUAUGAUGGUUAAUUUACACAAGGUCGCCAACAUCCAGAGACGACACUGCAUAUCCAAGAAAGACCUUCUACUGGUGAUCGAAGGCUAUAACUUAACCUGUGCGGACCUGAUGCAAGAGCUUGAGAGGUCCCAAUAUGUGCGAUCCCAGUGUUUGAAUAAAGUACAGAAAAUUGAAGAGGACAGUGAUUUAAUUGUGGAUAUUGAGAACACACCGCUGUCACAAGAAGAGCUUUCGAAGGCGCCACAUCCCGAGUUUUUCGUCAAGGACAAAGAUAUCCUGAAACUAGUACCGCCUUCAGUAAGAGACGUCAGGCAUGUGCCAAAAUGGCUUCCUGAGUUUCCGCCAGAUCAUACCUACAAAUUCACGUCAUUGUACAAUAAACCCAUUACCGAUGAAAGGCAGAUGAAACGCAAGCUUGCAGAAGAAUCCGAUCUAUCUGAAAAAGCCUUGAUACAUCUUUCGCGACUCAGCAGUAAGGAUAAUAAAUCACAUAUUGUUGACAAUGACGAAGUUUUCCAAGCAAGUUUACAGGAGACACAACUGAUAUUCAAACCUGCCAAGAAGAAACGGCCAUCUGCUGUUAAUGAGGUGAAUGACUUGCUAAGGACUUUACCUCAGAAAAAUUAUAACGUGGAAGAAUAUGCACGGAAUCGUGUAGAAAUUGCUAGACGAAGGGUCAGCGACUACGAAAGACACCAGCUACAAAUGCAAAAAGCGCCAUUCAUAAAAGCUACACACCUGCUUUCCCCGUUUGCGAAGGAGCGUAUAAACUGCAAAACGGUAGAGAAAGAAGUGAAGACCCUACUGUAUCGCAGCUACGUUGGCCUUUUGAGGUCAGUGCCAUUACUUAUAGACAGAAGAAAACAAGAAACCGCAAUGGCUGAAGAUAACAGACGUGCUAGAGAAGAGCAGAUGCGUAAGGAACGUGAAGAACUGAAUAAAAAUUCCAAGGAAUUUGAUGAACUUGAUUUAAGCAAUUUGAACGAAGAUCCGUUUUUUGGUGGAUUAGAAAGCAGUGAUAGCGAAGCUGAGACGGAAAGACAGACUCAUGAUAUGACCGUACAACUAGAACAGCAAGCCGGCAAAUACUCUUCACAGGACAGCACAGGUGUUGUAGCUGAUGCAAUAGAAGAGCCAAAAGAAAGUGGCUCUACAAGGUGGGAAAAUAACUCGAGCGAAAGGCAGGAAAGGGAACCACUAUUGGAACAUCCCAAAGACCCAGAGGACUAUCAAAAUCAGGAAGAGAUCAAUGAUCUGGGCGACCAAGUUCCUUGGAAUAGUAACCACUUGAGGGAAAGUCCAGUUCAGCAAGAUAGCAGCAAAGCCAGAAUUGAACCCAAUGAAGACAGAAACGUAGAACAUGAUAACUAA